AUGCAAAUUACUGCAGCUAUUUUUGCUAUUAUAGCUACAGCUACAUUGGCUGUUGCUACAACUAAAGAAGAUGGUAUUAUCCGUGCAUCCAUUAUUCGCAAUCCUCUUCAUGGAAAUCUUUUACAAGUAGCUAAAAAGAAACAUGAAUUACUUACGAAAAGAGGUCUUCAUAAAAGAGCAGAUGUAUUUCGUUCACCAUUAUACAAUGAACAAGGCUCUCAAUAUUUAAUUCAAGUAGGCAUUGGUACUCCACCACAAAAUUUUACUGUUACUCUUGAUACUGGAAGUGCUGAUCUUUGGGUUCCUUCUUCCAACUGUCCAAAAAGUUCAUGUCCUUUUUCUCGUUUCGACUCAUCUAAAUCUUCUACGUUUAAAUUACUGAAUGAACCUUUUAGUAUUCAAUAUGGUAUUGGAAGCGUCAAUGGCACAUAUGCAACGGAUACAGUGACUGUAGGUGGUGCGACAGUUUCAAAUCAACAAAUUGGAUUAGCCUAUCGUACAGAAGAUAUCAUGACACCGAACCCUUCUAAUAUUGAAGCGAAUGGUAUCUUGGGUAUGGGCUAUCCAGCUCUUACCCAAUCUUACACGAACGAUGAAAAUAGUUAUAACCCUUUCGUCUUCAACUUGGCUGCACAAAAGAUCAUAAAGGAGCCCAUCUUUUCCAUCUUCUUGAACAGUAUCACACAACCGAACUGGUCAGGUGAAAUUGUCUUUGGAGGUACUGAUGAAAGCAAAUACAAUGGAGAUAUCAUGUAUGUGCCCGUAGCAGGUCUUACAACUGAAUCUUUCACUAACAGUAUGAAUUAUUAUUAUUGGAUGGUGUAUGCACAAGGAUUAAGAGUGACAGGAUCUCAGAUGGGAUCCAAUCCUUCUUGGAGAUUACGAGAAAUUGGUGCCUUUAUUUUAGAUACAGGUACAACACUUACUUAUUUACCUACCUCUGUGGCUACUGAUGUCGUUAGUGCGAUGGCUGGUGAAGGUAAUUAUGUCUUGGAUAGUCAAUCAGGUGUUUUCAUCGUUGAUUGCGCAACAGCCAAAAGUAGUGCACGUUUCCAACUUGAGAUAUCACAACAAGCUGGCUUCAGUAAUAAUCCUGUUAUCUUAUCUGUUCCUGCUUCAGAACUUGUUAUUCCAGUAGAUGGUGCUACUGCUGAUACAGCUCAAGUCUGUAUGUUUGGUAUCGCCCCACUUAGCAACUCGGGUAGUAUUGGUUCUAAUAUGUAUUUAGUCGGUGAUUCCGUUCUUCGUUCUGCUUAUAUGGUCUUUGAUAUGGGACAAAAUAGAGUUGGUUUAGCCUCUAGUAAAGGUACAAACGGUCAAGUCAUGACUAACUCUACAACCUCCCAAGGAACUUCAACAAAUACACAAUCAGGUUCAGAAAGAGUUUGGCCUGCAAUGAAAAUGAUGGUAGCUGGUUUGCUCCUUACUGCCAUUUCUAUGAUGUCUCUUUAA